AUGUUACCUGCUCAUUCCAUAACGGCGACGGUGCUGGCCUGCGCAGCGUUCUCAGUCGCGCCAGUGGCAGCCACAACGUACUCUAUGGUCAAAGAGUAUUAUGGUUCCAGCUUCUUCAACGAGUGGACUUUCUAUAAUUAUUACGAUAAUCUGACGAACGGAGAUGUUAACUAUGUUUCUGCUCAGAACGCCACUGCAUAUCAAUUGGCCUAUGUAGAUUCCUCAACGAAUCAUGCGAUCAUCAAAGUAGACAACACUUCCACUGUGGUUUACAACAACAAACGCAACUCCGUCAGGAUCACAAGCAACGACUCAUUCGCAGUGGGAAGCUUGUGGGUGGCUGAUAUGUAUCAUGUACCUUAUGGCUGUUCCGUGUGGCCGGCGUGGUGGAGUCAAGCACCUCUCUGGCCGCAGGGUGGCGAGAUUGAUACCUUUGAGGGCAUCAAUACCAAUACCCAAAACCAAAUGUCCUUGCACACGGAAUCUGGAUGCAUGGCGGUUUCCCAAAAUCAAACUUCAACCCUGGUUACCAGCACGAACUGCUCGUAUGCGUCGAAUGAGGACCAGGGUUGUAUUGUCACAGACCCGUCGACUUCUUCCUACGGCGCUGGUUUUGCGAGCAGUGGUGGGGGAGCUUUUGUGACUGAAAUGGCUUCUACUGGUAUAAGCAUUUGGUUUUUCCCACGGGCCCAAAUACCCAGCUCGCUGUCGAGUAACGGAAGCACGAUUGAUACCUCGACCUUUGGUAUUCCUGUUGCUAACUGGCCUUCUACGGGUUGCAACGUUUCGCAGUACUUCCAACCCCAGAACUUGAUUUUCGAUAUCACCCUUUGCGGAGGUACCUGGUUCACAGCCGAUGGUGUUACAUGGAACGCUACGUGCUCCGGAAUUUGCUACAACAACUGGGUCAUGGGCAGUGGUAGUGACUACAAUGAUGCCUACUUUGAAGUUGGCUAUGUGAGGGUUUUCAGCACGCAAGGCACCAACACUGUCGUGCCUUCCGGUGGCACCACUGCUUCCUCUGGUUCGUCCCCAACGACUUCACCAACAUCGAGUAACUCGGCUGUGGCCCUCCCGCAUGAUGGCGUUUGGAUGGCUGCAACAGUACUCGCUCUCGUUGGAUUUUUCAGCAGCGCUCUUUAG